AUGAGCGGAGGGCCAGGAGAUUUCACCGGCGGAACGGGCCCAAUAGCGACACCUUCACCGUCAAUAAAAACAGGCCCGGCCACCCAUACCAUUUCAGUUGCGCCAAAGCAGAGUCCACACGGGUACGAGCCAAACUCCAUUGAAGCAGAUGUAGGAGAUGAAAUUGUCUUCGAGUUCUAUCCGUCGAACCAUUCGGUGCCUAAAAUAUGGACCUGGACGGUUGAUACUGCGGAGCCGACUUUCUUCUACUGUACUGCGAUUGGUUCAUGCAUGACCAACGGAAUGGUUGGCGCGAUCAAUCCGAAUGAAACCAUGUCCUGGGAAAAGCAAUACAAUAAAGCCAAGCGGGCGCCGUUCCAACUGGAACCGGGCCAGAGCCCACCAGCCGAAGGUCGAGAAGGAGGUCAUUCCACAGACACACCCCAAGAUCCAUCCCCCCACGACCACUCUCUAAGCGGCGGCGCCAUUGCCGGCAUCGUUGUCGGUGCGGUAGUCGGCCUCGCCGUACUCGGCGCCCUCUUCUUCCUCCUAGGCCGCCUGGAUAUUUACCGCAAAUGGGUCCGGUCCGAAGAUGGCACCAGCGCUGACCGCACGCGGCGAUGGGCGUUAUCGGCCAGCGGCGGCGGGUGGUCAACAGGCGCGAAAAGCGAGGUUGGUGGCGCGCCGCCAAGCGAGAUGGGUACAACUGCCGUGGGUUCGCAACCGGGUCAUAUGAGCUACAUGAGCGCGGACAGUUCAUUGAAUAACCGACAAUCGACCGCUGGGUUUAACCCAUCUUCCCCUCCGCAGUCAUGGGGCUGGGGUAAGCAAGGCGGUGGGAAUAUCAAUGGCGUUGUGGAGUCGAAUAGACCAGCGGAUAUUCCGGAACACGUAGCACAGGAGUUGAGCGGUGAUGGGACAGGCAACUUUGCUGAACUUGAUGCCGGGACUUACCUUCCUCCUGCGCCGAGGAAGUGGUAG